GCAGCAUAUUUGCUAUUGCUACGAUUAUUGAAAUGCCGCUAUUAAUGUUUCUAUUGUAGUUUUUAUUGACUUUCAAAGCAUGAACUCUUUAGCGUAUAAAAGCGUUGGAUACUUAACCGAAAGACAUCAAUCAGCUAACAACGCUCCAAAGUCAAAAAUCGUUCAUUCUUACGAACUCUAAACACAAAAGUUAACAAAAUGUACAAAUUGUUUGUUCUUGCUGCCCUCGUCGCCGUUGCCGCCGCUGCCCCAAGCCACUUAUAUGAAAGCCCAGUUGUGUACUCGGCUCCAGCAGCUGUUGCAUACCAAGAACCCGUCUUGGCUAAAGUUGGCUCCGUGGUGAAGAGCAUUCCCACCGCUGUCUCCCAUCAAAGCCAGUCGAUUGUGCAUAGCUCAGCUCAUGUUGUGGAAGAUGUGGUGGCACCAGUUGUGAAGACCAGCUAUGUCUCAGCUCCUGUCUUUAAGACUAUCCACUCUGCUCCUCUGGUGCACACCUCAUAUGCCGCCGCUGCCCCUGUCCUCAAAUCAUACGCCGCAGCUCCAGUUGUGCACAGUUAUGCUGCGCCUUUGGCUUACGACACUCACUACUCAUCUUGGUAAACGUACGACAAAGGAUAAUAAAAAUGGACAAAAGAUUUUGUAACAGAUUUUGUGAUAA